GUAAUCCACCAUUGCGAUGCCAAAGGAAAUCAAGGAGAUCAAAGACUUCUUGGUCAAGGCCCGUAGAAAGGAUGCCAAGUCCGUCAAGAUAAAGAAGAACUCCAACAACACCAAGUUCAAGGUUCGCUGCGCCAGCUACCUCUACACCCUCGUCGUCGCCGACAAGGAUAAGGCCGAGAAGCUGAAGCAAUCCCUUCCACCAGGCAUCCAAGUCAAGGAGCUCAAGUAGAUCAAAUCUCUUCUCUGCUCGUUGUUGGUUUUUACGUUAUGAAUGUUCACACGUUACA